GCUUAGGCGUUGGUUCUGACGUCAGCGAAGCUAUAAAUACAGUUUGCCGCAGAAAAUUCAGCAGUUCGUUUGGAAAGUUGCUUAGCUAACUAUUCUAAACUACUUAUUAUCGAUUGUUCUCAAAUUGUUGUAAUUCUUUUACAAAUCAUACAAAAUGCGUGAAUGUAUCUCAGUCCAUGUUGGCCAAGCCGGCGUACAAAUUGGUAACGCCUGCUGGGAGCUGUACUGCUUGGAACAUGGCAUUCAGCCCGAUGGGCAAAUGCCAUCCGACAAGACCGUUGGAGGUGGAGAUGACAGCUUCAACACCUUCUUCAGCGAGACCGGCGCCGGCAAACACGUACCCAGGGCAGUUUUCGUCGAUUUGGAACCAACAGUAGUCGAUGAAGUACGCACGGGCACCUACAGACAGCUUUUCCACCCCGAACAGUUGAUCACCGGCAAAGAAGAUGCAGCAAACAACUACGCUCGCGGACAUUACACUAUUGGCAAGGAAAUCGUCGACCUGGUUCUCGAUCGCAUUCGUAAAUUAGCCGACCAAUGCACAGGACUACAAGGCUUCUUAAUCUUCCACUCUUUCGGCGGCGGUACCGGCUCUGGCUUCACCUCUCUCUUAAUGGAACGUCUCUCAGUUGACUACGGCAAAAAAUCAAAAUUGGAAUUCGCCAUCUACCCAGCACCCCAAGUUUCAACGGCAGUAGUCGAACCUUACAACUCCAUUCUGACCACCCACACCACCUUGGAACAUUCCGACUGCGCGUUCAUGGUCGACAACGAAGCCAUCUACGACAUCUGCAGACGUAACUUGGACAUCGAACGCCCCACCUACACCAACCUGAACAGACUCAUCGGCCAAAUUGUCUCCUCCAUCACUGCCUCCCUCCGGUUUGACGGCGCUCUCAAUGUCGAUCUGACUGAAUUCCAAACCAACUUGGUACCAUACCCGCGUAUCCACUUCCCGCUCGUCACCUACGCACCGGUCAUCUCCGCAGAAAAGGCCUACCAUGAACAGCUCUCCGUUGCCGAAAUCACCAACGCCUGCUUCGAGCCCGCUAACCAGAUGGUCAAAUGCGAUCCUCGUCACGGCAAGUACAUGGCCUGCUGCAUGUUGUACCGUGGUGACGUCGUCCCCAAGGAUGUCAACGCCGCAAUUGCCACCAUCAAGACGAAACGUACCAUCCAAUUCGUCGACUGGUGUCCCACCGGUUUCAAGGUCGGCAUCAACUACCAACCACCGACCGUCGUGCCCGGCGGUGACUUGGCCAAGGUUCAACGUGCGGUCUGCAUGUUGUCCAACACAACUGCCAUCGCAGAAGCCUGGGCUCGUUUGGAUCAUAAGUUCGAUCUUAUGUACGCCAAGCGUGCCUUCGUUCACUGGUAUGUGGGUGAGGGUAUGGAAGAAGGUGAAUUCUCAGAGGCCCGUGAGGAUCUUGCCGCUUUGGAGAAGGAUUACGAAGAAGUUGGUAUGGAUUCCGGCGAGGGAGAAGGAGAAGGAGCUGAAGAAUAUUAAAUGCAAACGUUCACGACAAGAGUACAUUUUUGAAUUUUUGUAAAAGAUUGAUUUUCGUAUUUUUUAAAUUAUAAAUUCCCUUUUUUUUACCAUUGA